UCUGCCCUGCGCAAAACUUUACUAAAUAAAGGUUACAAUGUAAUCGGUAUUUCUCGGACACCAGGAAAGGGAUCAAUGAUGUCAUGGGUAACUUAAAAAAUGAUGAUAUAGUACAACAGGGAUUGCCACCGUGCAAAGCAGUCAUAAAUCUCGCCGGGGAGAACUUGCUGAACCCAGCAAAGCGGUGGAAUGCUGAUUACGUAAAGAGCCUGUAUGAUAGCAGAAUAGAAACAACACGAACACUUGCAACGGCAAUAAACCAAGCAGAAGAGAAACCAAGUGUUUUCGUAUGUGGCUCAGCUGUAGGUUACUAUCCACCCAGCGUCACCACUAGGUACACCGAAGCUAGUCCUGGCGGCGAAGGAGAUUUUAUGGCAGAGCUUUGCAAAAAUUGGGAAGCUGCUGGAAAAUUACAGGAUGAGUCUGGAGUAAGACAUGUCAUUAUUAGAACAGGUGUAGUGUUGGGAAGGAAUGGAGGAAUGAUCCAAAGUGCAUUCCUGCCGUUUUUCCUGGGACUCGGCGGAAGAGUGGCCUCGGGAGAACAGUUCCUGCCCUGGAUUCACAUCGACGACAUCGUCGGCAUAUUUGUUCAUGCCGUGGAGAACGAUCACGCAAACGGCGUUUUCAAUGGCGUUGCGCCGGAGUGCUGCACAAACGCGGAAUUCACGCGAGCGUUCGCCUCCGCGAUGAGACGACCCGCCUUCUUCCCCGUCCCCGAAUUCCUGCUCAACUUCGUCUUCGGCGAAGAGCGGGCAAAAGUGAUGACGCGCGGUCAGUGUGUGGUGCCGCAGCGCGUUCUGGAGACUGGUUACGUUUACAAGUUUGCCGAUAUCCGCUCGGCGUGUGACCAAUGUGCUCAUCUCGCAUAGACGACUUUAGCGGGAAUGUCAGUCGAGAUUACCAAUAUGGAUCGAUUGUCGGUUUUGUAAACAGUUUCCACAAGAGUCACUUUUAAAAAAACGAAUAGUGUAUAUGGCUGUAAUAUAGUGUAAAAAUUUGAAGACUGAGAUUGAUAUAUUUAUAUUAAAGGGAUCGUUUACUCUAGGUUCUAGGGUUAUUUUUAGUUAAUUUAGGUUAAAAUUAU